GCCUGUUAAGUCACACAAGUCGCAUUACGUAGCCGCCGCGUAGCCGCUGUCGGUGCAACGUCAAUUGAUAGCGCAAAAAUAUCAAAAAUUCAACUGUAUGUCUGUUUGACUGUCCUGCAUUUAAUUAACAUAAAAUGUUGCGUGUUUAUUUUGUGUGCUCGAAAAGCAAAAGAAUGUGCGACUAAGUGCAGUGUGCGAUCCGUGAAAUCCACAAGCAAAGCGGAAACGGCAACAGCAUUCUCUGGAUUAUAGGCAACAACAAUAAAAAACGAAGAACAAGCAAUUGCUACAGCAUCAGCAACAGCAACAGCACAGCAACAGCAGCAGCAUCAGCAUGACAGGCAUCAAUUCCUUGUGGUUUUAUUUGCUUCUCUGUCACAGCUGCAACAUUUGUGGAUUACACUGUCUGGGCCAGCUAGCUAUGGCAUUGCCGUUUGAGUACUCGGAUGAGCAUGAUGAUUUCAACUAUGACCUGGACACUGCACAAUCGCAGGCCAAAUACGAUGCUCGCCUGCUGUCCGAGCAAAUGCUAAGCGAUGCUGAGCUGCUCCAGCAGCGAGCUCAGAACGUUGAUGAUGCUGAUAAUAAUGACGAUGGCGACGGCAGCAGCAGUUUGCACUCAAAGCCCACCCAGGCACAGUUGACAAUUACAGCCAGCGGCAGCGAUGAGGAUGACUUGGAGCCGCACAGCCGUGCUGCGGCAUGUUUUACAAAUGGCCACAAGUACACACAUGGCCAAAAGGUGCCGCGUUCGGAUGCCUGCGAGGUCUGCCUAUGCAUGGACGGUGAAAUCUUUUGCUGGUGGGAGAAAUGCGAUAAGACAAUUGUAAGCCCAGCGACGACAGCAGCGGCGGCGGCAACAUCAACGUCAACUGCAGCAGCAGCAGCAGCGGCGGCGGCGGCAACAGCAAACGGCGACUAUUCAGAUCCAUAUCGGUAUGAGACCACAACGCGAAAAUCAACAAAACUGCAUAAAGCGGCAAGAAAAGUUGGCAAGCGGCAUAAGCAUCGCAAGAAUCAAAAGACUUUUAAUGACUAUGAAGUUUACCACAGCCGCAAGCAGGCGGAUUAUAAAAAGGCAGACAUAAAGCAACAAAAACAAAAGAGUUCGCCCAUCAGCGACAGCAGCAGCAGCAACAGUGGCACUGGCAACAGCAACUACAACAUCAUCAAGCAACACAAACACGAACAAAAGUUGGCAACGUCAACGUUACAGCAGCAACCAGUGGAGCAUAUGGCAGCCACGCCUGUUAAUCAGGCAGCCAAGGAAACGCAUUAUCAGCCCCAGCAGCUACCCAAGCAGCAGCAGCAGCAGCAGCCACAGCAUGUGCAACAAUUGCAGCAACACCCACAUCAGCAACAACACGCACAUCAGCAACAACAACAUUCGACCAGUAAGAUUUUAAAUUUUCCCGAAAACUUGCCCGCAUUGCUUUAUUAUGACUAUAAGACGGAGGAGCACGAACAUCAUCAGCAUCAACAUCAUCAGCAGCAUUUGUUGCACGAAAAGCAGCGUUUGUUGCAGCAACAAAAGCAACAGCAGCAGCAGCAGCAACAGUUGCUGCAAAAGGCAAAAGCAGUCGUUGAACUUAACACAGACUUGAGCGCUGAUAAAAACUUUGAUGAGGCGGAAACCGACAGCGAUAUUUUACCCGUGCCACCCACAAAGCGACCACAGCAAGUCUCAACAACUGGCAGCAGCAGCAGUAGCAAGACAACAGCAACAACAACAACAACAAUUGGCCAACAAGCAGCGACAGUUUCUGCCAUUACAAAUCAGCUGCAACAUGAUCAGGAUAUUGAGCAGGCUGACGAUGCAUUUCAUCGUUGGCUGACAUCGACGGAACUCAAUGUUGACAGCACAAACACGCUUGACGAUGGCUUGCCAGCAGUUGCCGUUGAGCAGGAAGCACCCACAUCCACAAUAAUCGAUGAUGUUGGCAGCAAAGGCAGCACAAACAACAACAACAGCAGCAGCAGCAGCAACAACAUUGCUGACAAUGCAGAUGCAGUGUUCUUUCGUAGCUCCUACAAUGAUUACAGCAGUGAAUUCAAUGGCAGCGUUGUCAAUAUUGACAUUACACUAACAGCAGUCGAUGUGCACCCACAUCAGCAACAUGCACAGCAGCAGCAGCAGCAACAUCAGUUGCCCAAAGCUGCGCAAACGGAUUUAAUUGCAAAUGACAACCGUAGUGCAGACAUUGAUGUCGCCGAUAGACAACGACAGCCAACAAUGGACCCAAAAGCAACAGCAAUUGCAUCAUCGAUAACAACAACAGCAGCAGGAGCAGCAGUAGCAACAACAGCAACGCCGCGGGUGGCGGGCAUUAACAGCAAUCAACGCAGUGUGCCGCCCUACACGUUGACAACAAUUAUAACAACAACGCCUUUGGCAACAAGAACAAUGCCAACAGCAGCAGCAGCAGCCACAACAACAACCACAGCGUCAACAAUGAGGCGUAUGUGCAAUGUUUUGGGCAAAUUAUACAAAAUUGGUGAGAUUUUGCCACAGGACACCGGCAACUGUUUGCAGUGCAUUUGCACCGAUGCCAUCACUCCGGACGAGCUGCCCAGCGUCACCUGCAGCCCGCACAAUUGUCCGCCGCUGGUGCUGCCGGAUCUGUUCGAUGCGACUGGUUACUGAGGUUACGGGUUUGUGCUGUAAGUUGAGAGCAACCCACGCCCCCCACGUAAGUACGCAACAUUAUUGGCAACUGACACGUAACGAUAAAGCGAACAACAAAUAUGCUAAUGCUAAGCGCUCAUGUAAUUUAUUUUUAAUUUGAUUUCAAUAUUCAAAUCAAACAAACAAACAACAAUGUAAUGCGAAAGUCUUGCAGUCAACUAAUUAAAUAGUCAGACAUACACACACAAACUACAUUAACUUUGAACUCUUAACUAGCUCAGCAGUCGCUAUAUAUAUAUAUCAACGUAUAUACUUACUAUAUGGAUUUCAAUGUAAAGCCCUCCCUAUCAUGACUGCAUCAGCAGCACUCACUAAAACAAAUACAUAUAUACCUAACAUAUAUACAUGACACACGUGUGUGUGUGUGUGUGUGUGUGCAUGUUGCUGAGAGCAAAAUCUAGUUUUUAAGCUGAAUGUUUAUGCAUUUUACAAGCCAUAACACCAACAACAAUGUAAAACUCAUUAAACGUAGUUCAAAGAACCACCCACCCCCGCUCACACCUGCCCCACUAAACUAUGCAGUCCCACACUCAAUAACAGCAGCAGCAGCAACAAAUACACAAUGAACAAUUGUAAUGAAUGUAUACAGCAUUAGAAAUUUUAAAAUGAAUUUAUAGAUGUACUUACUAUGGAAACAUAAAUAAAUAUCAAGCAGCGCAUACUAAACUCAAUGUAUAAUCGAAUAAAACUGUUUGUUUUAUUACACAUUUUACCCGCAUAUAUAUUUAUAUAAACAACAACGUAAUUUAAGUAACUCAAAAUCCAUAACGAAAAAAACUGAACAAUGACAAAUAAUGAAUUAUGUAAUUUCCUAAUUAGUUGCAACAGUUUAACAUUUAUGCUUACAUUUAAUUUCGGUUUAUGUACUCGGCGCUUCUUCUAGGCCAUUUAUGAAAUACGUAAAGAAAUCCAGCAUAUCUUGUAGUCAUAAUAAUUUUAAAUAAAUUAUAGUGUUUAGUAAGAAAUGCUAACAAUCAUUUGUAUAUUUAGUUCGAAAGCAUGCAUUACUUUGUGUCAAAGAUAAACAAGUAUUUAAAAUAUAUAUUAAAAAAAAAAACAAAAACUGUUGUUCAUUUCAAACGAAAACAACUUUAGGCGUGAUAACAAUUAAUUCACUUAAACACAUAAUUUAAGGCAAACCAAAUACUUAUAAAGUAGCAAUAAUUAUGAAUAUUAAUUAGAUACAGUGAAUGAUUAUAGGAACUCGAAAAUUUUAUAAAUACAAAACAUAUAAAUGACAAAUGUAUUUCGGCUUACCGAACUUUUGAAUAAUCAUGCAGCUAAAAGUAAAAAACAUAUCGAACCAAUGAUUAUGACAACUUAUAAAGCAUAUGAAAAAUAUUCGCGUUGAUUUGUUGCAAUUUAAAACUUGUGUGUGUAUAUUUAACGAACAAGCAACAAUUUAAAUGUACUGAGCAGCAUGAGAAACAUGCAAACUAUGCAUGUGUAAAAUAAAAGGAAUUAUGCAGUUUAAAAAUGCAUACAACACAAAUAUGCGCAACAACAAAUAAGAAAGAAAAGAAUAAAAAAUAAAAUGCUCGUAAAUUUGAUAUGUGUAAAGUAAAUGUAACUGCAAGCUCUUAACUAAUCUAUUUACAUACUCGUACUUAUAUAUACAACACAUGCAUACUCUCACAUACAAUAGAAACUUCUAUGUGUUUGUGCCGUCAAACUGACGUCAACGUAACACGUAAAGCAAAUAAAAAUAAAUAAAAAUGAGAAAUACAAAUAA